ACCGACUAUCGACUGUUGGCCAUCUCUAGAAGCGACUGAGGAAAAAGACGAAAUAAUAUAUAAUAAUAGAAUAUUGCACCGUGAUACUAUUGCCAAGCAUCGUUUUUCGUUCGGUAAUUGAACAACGACAACCUCGACCUCCACGGCAACACUCGAAAGGCAAAAAAGCAGACAGGAGAUUCGCAGAAUAACAGCAGGAAGUCAGCAGGGCACAAAAGAUACGAACGAACGAACGAGACAAACGAAGCAAAGCAACCAAAAGCAAACCACACCACAAAACUCAAAACCUGCGGAAUGCCACUGUUCGGGAAGUCGGUGAAGUCGCCAGUGGAGCUGGUCAAGGCUCUGAAGGAGGCAAUCGGUGUGCUGGAAGCGGGUGACCGCAAACCGGAGAAGGCACAAGAGGACGUCAGCAAGAAUCUGGUGGCCAUUAAGAACAUGCUGUACGGUAGCAGUGACGCAGAACCGCCGGCUGACUACGUGGUUGCCCAGCUGUCGCAGGAGCUGUAUAACAGCAACCUGCUGCUUCUGCUCAUCCAAAACCUGCAUAGGAUCGAUUUUGAGGGUAAGAAGCACGUGGCGCUGAUAUUCAACAAUGUUCUACGCCGACAGAUUGGGACACGAUCGCCAACAGUGGAGUACAUCUGCACGAAACCGGAAAUUCUGUUUACACUGAUGGCGGGAUACGAGGAUGCCCAUCCGGAAAUCGCCUUAAAUUCGGGCACUAUGCUGCGCGAAUGUGCCCGCUAUGAGGCGCUGGCCAAGAUAAUGCUUCACUCGGACGAGUUCUUCAAAUUCUUCCGAUACGUUGAGGUGUCCACGUUCGAUAUUGCCAGCGAUGCCUUUUCCACCUUCAAGGAGCUACUGACGCGCCACAAGCUGCUCUGCGCCGAGUUCCUUGACGCCAACUACGACAAGUUCUUUUCGCAGCACUACCAGCGGCUGCUCAACUCCGAAAACUAUGUGACACGGCGCCAGAGCCUCAAGCUGUUGGGUGAACUGCUACUGGACCGGCACAACUUUACGGUGAUGACGCGCUACAUCAGCGAACCGGAGAACCUCAAGCUGAUGAUGAACAUGCUCAAGGAGAAGUCGCGCAACAUUCAGUUUGAGGCGUUUCACGUCUUCAAGGUGUUCGUGGCGAAUCCCAACAAGCCGAAGCCCAUCCUGGAUAUCCUGCUGCGCAACCAAUCGAAACUGGUCGAUUUCCUCACCAACUUUCACACGGAUCGUUCCGAGGACGAGCAGUUCAACGACGAGAAGGCCUACCUGAUCAAGCAGAUAAAGGAGCUUAAGCCGCUACCCGAGGCUUAGUUGCAUCCAGUGUCCCGGUUGCCAACAACUCCUCCCCGGUCAGCUACAGCAGUCUGGCAGUUGUAGCUAUAUAUUGUCCGUUAUCGUAAGAUCGGAAUGGAGAGGAGAGAUCGAGAUCGAAAGAAGGGAGCAAGAGCAAGAGCAGGAGCCAGGACAUCUGGGCGUUCGAUGGCGGGUUAGCAGGAUGAUGAACAUGUUUUGUGUGUGGGGUUAAAGCAAAUAUAUAUUAUAUAUACUA